CAAAGAAGCUUAAACAGAGUUAAGAUGGCGGCAUGUGGAUGAAGAGGGUGUAUAUUUCAGCUCUUAGGUUGCUUUCAGCGAAGAAAUCACACAUUCUCAAACCUAACCCUUAAAGUAAAGAGAAAAGCCCAACACACAAUAAUCUACCCGGGACCGAGCCCAUGACGUCCAUUCACUUCGUGGUUCACCCGUUACCCGGGACCGAAGACCAGCUAAAUGACAGGCUCCGUGAAGUGUCAGAAAAGCUUAACAAAUACAACUGUAACAGUCAUCCACACCUUAUUCCAUUGGAGCAGGCCAAACUAAAGCAGUGUGUGGUUGGACCAAAUCAUGCCGGAUUUCUCCUUGAGGAUGGACGUAUCUGCAGGAUCAACUUUGCCGUCCAGCCCGACCGACUGGAGCUCAGCAAGCCCGAUGGAAAUGAUGGUUCAAAGUUGAGCAGUGUCUCAGGGGCAGGAAGGAGCUCCAGGCCAGGCAGGACUAGUGAUCCGCCCUGGUUCCUGUCUGGUUCUGACACACUGGGCAGACUGGCAGGCAACACCCUUGGGAGCCGCUGGAGUUCAGGAGUUAAUGGAGGCAGCAGUGGAGGCGGAGCCAGCAGUGGUGGAGGCGCAGGAGGAGGCAGCGGGAGCGGAGGAGGCGCUGGAGGAGCCGCUGGAGGAGGAGGAUCUUCAGGUCGAUCCUCCACAGCAGCCCGUGAUUCACGCAGACAGACCCGUGUGAUCCGCACUGGCAGAGAUCGAGGCUCCGGCCUUCUGGGCAGUCAGCCACAGCCCGUAAUUCCAGCCUCCGUCAUCCCAGAGGAGCUCAUCUCUCAGGCUCAGGUGGUUCUUCAGGGAAAGUCCAGGAGUGUCAUCAUUCGAGAGCUGCAGCGAACAAACCUUGACGUUAACUUGGCUGUGAACAACUUGCUGAGUAGAGACGACGAGGACGGUGAUGAUGGAGAUGACACGGCCAGCGAGUCCUACUUACCUGGAGAAGACUUGAUGUCACUGCUAGACGCAGACAUUCACUCCGCACACCCCAGUGUGAUCAUUGACGCGGACGCCAUGUUUUCUGAGGACAUCAGCUACUUCGGCUACCCCUCUUUCCGACGCUCUUCCUUGUCUCGUCUCGGCUCUUCACGAGUUCUCCUUCUCCCCCUAGAGCGAGACUCUGAGCUGCUCCGCGAGCGGGAGUCGGUCCUGAGGCUGCGUGAGAGGAGGUGGCUGGAUGGAGCCUCCUUCGAUGCGGAGCGUGGCUCCACCAGCCGUGAAGGAGAGCCCAGCCUUGACAAGAAGAGCGUGCCGCUGCAGAGCCCCGUCACUCUGGGCGAAGAGCUCCAGUGGUGGCCUGAUAAGGACUAUGUAACCAAGUUUGUCAGCAUUGGGGCUUUGUACUCUGAGAUGGUUGCUGUCAGUACCAAAGGUGAACUGUACCAGUGGAAGUGGAAUGAGCCUGAACCUUACAGAAACGCACAAAAUCCUUCUAUACAUCACCCUCGUGUCCCUUUCCUUGGCUUGACCAAUGAAAAGAUCACCCACCUGUCUGCCAACAGUAUCCGAGCCACUGUGGCCACCGAAAGCAACAAGGUGGCGACAUGGGUGGAUGAAACUCUUAGCACUGUUGCUGCUAAACUAGAACAUGGUGCACAGAUGUUCCCGGAGCUGCAGGGAGAGCGUAUCAUCUCUCUGCACUGUUGUGCUCUGUACACCUGCGCCCAGCUGGAGAGCAGUCUUUACUGGUGGGGUGUUGUGCCUUUUAGUCAGCGGAAAAAGAUGCUUGAAAAGGCCAGAGCCAAGAAUAAAAAGCCAAAGUCCAGUGCAGGCAUCUCUUCUAUACCCAACAUCACAGUAGGAACUCAGGUGUGCCUGAGGAAUAACCCUCUAUAUCACGCUGGUGCCGUGGCCUUCUCGGUAAAUGCCGGGAUCCCUAAAGUGGGCGUCCUGUUGGAGUCAGUGUGGAACAUGAACGACAGCUGCCGCUUCCAGCUCCGCUCGCCCGAGAGCCUGAAGAACAUGGAGAAGAACACCAAGACCCAGGAGAUCAAAACUGAGAGCAAACCAGAGCUGGUGAAGACUGAAAUGGGCCCUCCACCCUCACCAGCAUCCACAUGCAGUGACACUUCCUCCAUCGCCAGCAGUGCUUCUCUGCCCUACAAGCGAAGGCGCUCGACGCCGGCUCCAAAAGAGGAGGAGAAAGUCAAUGAGGAGCAGUGGCCUCUGCGAGAGGUUGUUUUCGUGGAGGACGUUAAAAACGUCCCUGUGGGAAAGGUGCUAAAAGUCGAUGGUGCAUAUGUUGCUGUGAAAUUUCCAGGGACGUCGAGCAGCGUGAGCAGCCAGAGCGCAGCUCCCACUGACUCUGACCCGUCCUCACUGCUGCAAGACUGUCGACUGCUCCGAAUAGAUGAGCUACAGGUUGUUAAAACUGGUGGAACACCAAAAGUUCCAGACUGUUUUCAGCGCACUCCUAAAAAACUUUGUGUCCCAGAAAAAGCUGAAAUUUUAGCUGUGAAUGUUGACUCCAAAGGAGUUCAUGCUGUGUUGAAAACAGGCAGCUGGGUACGCUACUGUGUUUUUGACUUGGCCACCGGCAAAGCUGAGCAGGAGAACCACUUCCCCACCAGUAAUCUGGCUUUUCUGGGUCAGAGUGAGCGUAACGUGGCCAUCUUCACUGCUGGCCAGGAGAGCCCUAUCAUUUUGAGGGACGGUAAUGGCACUAUUUAUCCCAUGGCUAAAGACUGUAUGGGUGGAAUACGUGACCCUGAUUGGCUCGACCUCCCGCCGAUUGCUAGCCUAGGCAUGGGAGUCCAUUCGCUCGCCAACCUUCCCAGUAACUCCACAAUCAAAAAGAAAGCAGCCAUCAUCAUCAUGGCUGUGGAGAAGCAGACGCUGAUGCAGCACGUGCUGCGCUGUGAUUACGAGGCGUGCAGACAGUACCUGAUCAAUCUGGAGCAGGCCGUGCUGCUGGAGCAGAACCCUCUCGCUCUGGACGCUCUCCUGGGACACCGCUGCGACGGCAACCGCAACAUCCUCCACGCCUGCGUCUCCGUCUGCUUCCCCGUCAGCAACAAGGAGACCAAGGAGGAGGAAGAAGCAGAGCGGUCUGAAAGGAACACGUUCGCUGAGAGGCUGUCUGCUGUGGAGGCCAUCGCUAAUGCCAUUUCAGUGGUGUCCAGCAACAGCUCUGGGAACCGCACAGGAUCGUCCAGCAGCCGCGGCUUGCGUUUGAGGGAGAUGAUGAGACGCUCCCUCCGCGCUGCAGGUUUGGGCCGUCACGAAUCUGGCCCUUCCUCCAGCGACCACCAAGACCCUGUUUCACCCCCUAUUGCACCUCCCAGCUGGGUACCAGACCCUCCACCAAUGGAUCCUGACGGUGACAUUGAUUUCAUCCUGGCCCCUGCAGUGGGCUCCCUUACCACCGCCUCCACAGGCACUAACCAAGGACCCAGCACUUCCACCAUCCCAGGACCUUCUUCUGAACCAUCAGUAGUGGAAACUAAAGACCGGAAGGCUAACGCACAUCUGAUUCUGAAGCUCAUGUGUGACAGCGUCGUCCUGAGACCUCACUUAAGAGAGCUGCUCUCUGCCAAGGAUGCUCGUGGGAUGACUCCAUUCAUGUUGGCUGUGAGCGGGAGAACUUACCCAGCAGCCAUUACUGUUCUAGAAGCAGCACAGAAAAUAGCCAAAGGUGAACCAAGUCUCGGAGAGAAGGAGGAUGCAGCGUCUGUGUUCAUGGAGAUGAUCUGUCCUUCAGGAACAAACCCAGAUGACUCUCCCCUCUACGUCCUGUGCUGUAACGACACCUGCAGCUUCACCUGGACGGGAGCUGAGCACAUCAACCAGGACAUCUUUGAGUGCAGAACUUGUGGCCUGCUGGAGUCUCUGUGCUGCUGCACUGAAUGCGCCAGAGUUUGUCACAAGGGUCACGACUGCAAACUGAAGCGAACGUCUCCCACUGCAUACUGUGAUUGCUGGGAGAAGUGUAAAUGCAAGACCCUCAUCGCGGGCCAGAAAGCAGCUCGUUUAGAUCUGCUCUACAGGCUGCUGACCACCACUAAUCUAGUGACCACUCCUAACAGCAGGGGAGAGCACAUCUUGCUGUUCCUGGUGCAGACUGUUGCAAGGCAGAGCGUGGAGCAUUGCCAGUAUCGACCACCUCGCAUUCGAGAGGACAGGAACCGGAAGGCUGCCAGCGCUGAAGACUCUGAUAUGCCGGAUCAUGACCUGGAGCCUCCUCGCUUCGCCCAGCUGGCUCUAGAGCGUGUGUUGCAGGACUGGAACGCGCUGAAGUCCAUGAUAAUGUUUGGCUCUCAAGAAAACAAAGACCCACUGAGCGCCAGCAGCAGAAUCGCUCACCUUUUGCCAGAGGAGCAGAUGUACCUGAACCAGCAGAGCGGCACCAUCAGGCUGGACUGUUUCACACACUGCCUCAUCGUCAAAUGUGCACCAGACAUCACUUUUAUUGAUACUCUUUUGGGGACCUUGGUGAAGGAGCUGCAGAAUAAAUACACUCCAGGCCGCAGGGAGGAGGCCAUCAUCGUCACACGCAGGUUCCUGCGCUCUGUGGCCCGAGUGUUUGUCAUUCUCAGUGUGGAGAUGGCAUCUUCCAAGAAGAAAAAUAACUUCAUCCCGCAGCCCAUAGGGAAGUGCAGGCGUGUUUUCCAGGCUCUGUUGCCGUACGCAGUGGAGGAGCUCUGUAAUGUGGCCGAGUCUCUGAUCGUGCCGGUUCGGAUGGGCAUCGCUCGCCCCACCGCGCCCUUCACUCUGGCCAGCACCAGCAUCGACGCCGUACAGGGCAGCGAGGAGCUCUUCUCCGUGGAGCCGCUGCCGCCACGACCCUCUCCGGAUCAGUCCAGCAGCUCCAGUCAGUCAGCCUCUUCUUACAUCAUCAGGAACCCUCAGCCCCGCCGCAGCAGUCAGUCCCAAACGACCCGAGGCCGCGACGAGGAGCAGGACGAUAUCGUUUCUGCUGACGUAGAAGAGGUGGAGGUGGUGGAGGGUGUUGCAGGUGAGGAGGAUCAUCAUGAUGACCAGGAGGAGCAGGGCGAGGAGAACGCAGAGGUCGAAGGGCAGCAUGAUGAGCACGAUGAAGACGGGAGUGACAUGGAGCUGGAUCUGUUGGCUGCUGCGGAGACUGAGAGUGACAGCGAGAGUAAUCACAGCAAUCAGGACAAUGCCAGCGGCCGCAGGAGCGUAGUGACCGCAGCCACCGCCGGAUCUGAAGCAGGUGCCAGCAGCGUUCCUGCUUUCUUCUCCGAGGACGACUCCCAGUCGAAUGACUCCAGUGACUCGGACAGCAGCAGCAGUCAGAGUGAUGAUGUGGAUCAGGAGACUUUCCUGUUGGACGAGCCUCUAGAGAGAACCACGGGCUCAGCGCAUGCUAACAGUGCGGCCCAGGCGCCGCGGUCCAUGCAGUGGGCCGUACGCACGACACCCAGCCAGCGUUCCUCCGGCGGCGCCCCGUCCAGCUCCUCCACACCUGCUGCGAGCUCCACAGGCCUGAUCUACAUCGAUCCUUCAAACCUGCGCCGCAGCAGUGCCAUCAGCACCAGCGCAGCCGCCGCAGCAGCAGCUCUGGAGGCUAGUAACUCCAGCAGCUACCUGACCUCCGCCAGCAGCCUGGCUCGAGCCUACAGCAUCGUCAUCCGCCAGAUCUCUGACCUCAUGAGCCUCAUCCCCAAAUACAACCACCUGGUCUACACGCAGUACCCCGCUGCCGUCAAACUCACCUAUCAGGACGCCGUCAGUCUGCAGAACUUCGUGGAGGAUAAGUUGAUCCCCACCUGGAACUGGAUGGUGUCCAUCAUGGAUUCGACUGAAGCGCAGCUGCGUUACGGCUCUGCUCUGUCCUCAGCCGGGGAUCCUGGACACCCGAGUCACCCGCUGCACGCUUCACAGCACACGGGACGCAGGGAGCGCAUGACGCCGCGAGAGGAGGCCAGUCUCCGCACCCUUGAAGGACGAAGACGCGCAGCAACUCUUCUGACGGCUCGUCAGGGGAUGAUGUCGGCUCGAGGAGACUUCCUGAACUACGCUCUGUCUCUGAUGCGUUCCCAUAAUGACGAGCAUUCAGACGUUCUUCCUGUGCUGGAUGUGUGUUCGCUCAAACACGUGGCGUAUGUGUUCCAGGCCCUCAUCUACUGGAUUAAAGCCAUGAAUCUGCAGACGACCCUCGACACCACUCAGAUUGACAGGAAGAGAAAUCGUGAGCUGCUGGAGCUGGGUCUGGACAAUGAGGACUCUGAGCACGAGAACGACGAGGACACCAAUCAGAGCUCCUCCCUGCAGGACAAGGACGAGGACUCGCUCCCUGCUGAGACCGGACAGCACCAUCCGUUUUUCCGCCGCUCGGACUCCAUGACCUUCCUGGGAUGCAUCCCUCCCAAUCCUUUCGAAGUGCCCCUCGCCGAGGCCAUUCCUCUGGCUGACCAGCCGCAUCUCCUGCAGCCCAAUGCCAGAAAAGAGGACUUGUUUGGACGGCCAAGUCAGGGUCUGUAUUCGUCUUCGUACAUGGCCAGUAAAGGCCUGACGGAUCUGAGUGUGGACAUGAAUUGCUUGCAGAUUCUACCCACAAAGAUGUCGUAUUCGGCGAACAUGAAGAACGUGAUGAGUAUGGAGUCUCGUCAGAGGGUCGGCGAGGGGCAGACGGCUGCAGAGCAGGUCAUGGACGUGUCUAAACCCGGCCCUUCGCCUCAUGAUCUGGCGGCUCAGUUAAAGAGCAGUCUGCUCGCUGAGAUCGGUUUGACCGAGAGCGACGGCCCGCCGCUUCCCACGUUCAUUCCUCACUGCAGCUUCAUGGGGAUGGUGAUCUCCCACGACAUGCUGCUCGGCCGCUGGCGGCUUUCCCUGGAGCUGUUCGGACGCGUCUUCAUGGAGGACGUCGGAGCAGAACCAGGAUCUAUCCUGACUGAACUGGGUGGGUUCGAGGUGAAGGAGUCCAAGUUUCGGCGUGAGAUGGAGAAGCUGAGGAACCUGCAGUCUCGUGAUCUGGCUCUGGAGGUGGACCGCGACCGAGAGCAGCUCAUCCAGCAGACCAUGCGGCAGAUCAACGCUCACUUCGGCCGCCGCUGCACCACCACACCGAUGGCAGUGCACCGCGUCAAAGUGACCUUCAAGGAUGAACCUGGAGAGGGCAGUGGAGUGGCACGCAGCUUUUACACGGCCAUCGCUCAGGCCUUCCUCUCCAACGACAAGCUGCCCAACCUGGACUGCGUACAGAGCGUUAGCAAGGGAAUGCAGGCUAGCAAUCUCAUGCAGCGUCUGAGGAACAGAGACCGUGAGCGUGAGAGGAGGAGCGGAGGACUGAGAGCUGCAUCCAGACGAGACCGUGACAGGGACUCGAGGAGACAGCUGUCGAUCGACACACGGCCGUUCAGACCUGCAUCAGAAGGAAACCCGAUUGAUGAAUCGGAGCCGCUGCCAGCUCACAGACAAGCUCUAGGAGAGAGACUUUACCCUCGAGUGCACGCCAUGCAGCCGGCUUUUGCCAGUAAGAUCACGGGGAUGCUGCUGGAGCUCUCUCCCGCUCAGCUGCUGCUGCUCCUGGCCAGCGAGGACUCGCUCAGAGCCCGUGUGGAAGAAGCCAUGGAGCUCCUCAUCACUCACGGAAGGGAGAACGGCGCUGACAGUAUCCUGGACCUCGGCCUCCUCGACACUCCUGAAAAAGCACAGCAGCAGGAGAACCGAAAGAGGCACGGUUCGACCCGCAGUGUGGUUGACAUGGAGCUGGACGACCCAGAGGAUGGAGACGAUAACGCUCCUCUGUUCUACCAGCCCGGCAAGAGGGGCUUUUACUCGCCCCGUCCAGGCAAGAACACUGAGGCCAGGCUCAACUGCUUCCGAAACAUCGGCAGGAUACUUGGCUUGUGUCUGUUACAGAACGAACUUUGCCCCAUCACCCUCAACAGACACGUCAUCAAAGUGUUACUCGGCAGGAAGGUCAACUGGCACGACUUUGCGUUCUUCGAUCCAGUGAUGUACGAGAGUUUGCGGCAGCUGAUUCGUCACUCUCAGACCGAGGAGGCGGAGGCUGUGUUUGCAGCGAUGGACCUGGCCUUCGCCAUCGACCUCUGCAAGGAGGAAGGAUCCGGACAGGUGGAGCUCCUGUCCGGCGGGGUCAACAUGCCUGUGACGCCUCUGAACGUGUACGAGUACGUGAGGAGAUACGCAGAACACCGCAUGCUGGUGGUGGCAGAACAGCCUCUGCAUGCCAUGAGGAAGGGUCUUCUGGAUGUGCUUCCUAAGAACGCUCUGGAGGACCUGACGGCGGAGGACUUCAGACUGCUGGUCAACGGCUGUGGAGAAGUCAACGUCCAGAUGCUCAUCAGUUUCACCUCUUUCAAUGACGAGUCAGGUGAGAAUGCAGAGAAGCUGCUUCAGUUCAAGCGCUGGUUCUGGUCCAUCGUUGAGAAGAUGAGCAUGACGGAGCGCCAAGACCUGGUGUACUUCUGGACGUCCAGCCCGUCUCUGCCGGCCAGUGAAGAAGGCUUCCAGCCCAUGCCCUCCAUCACCAUCCGGCCGCCGGACGACCAGCACCUGCCCACCGCCAACACCUGCAUCUCUCGCCUCUACGUGCCACUCUACUCUUCCAAACAGAUUCUCAAACAGAAACUUUUACUAGCCAUCAAGACCAAGAACUUCGGUUUUGUGUAGAUGAACCCUGUUUAAUCGUUGUGUAAUAUUACUAGUACCAUUUUUGUAGAUUUAUUUUUUGUCUAUACAGUUUUAUGAAAUGUACAAAGUGCUGUCGCAUCCCUGGCAGUCUUUUCUUUUUGUUUUUGGUCUGCGUUGCAAACGCUGGACGGCUUGUCCUUAUUUUCUUUUUUAUUUCUGUUAUCCGAGUAUAAUGCUACAUUCCUGCAUUGGCUUUUGCGAAGUUGAAGCCUGCAGCUCUAUUGGCUUGAACCGUAACUUCCCGUGACUUUGGCCUGACGUUAAACUGUCCGCCAAACCCAGCCAAAGAUGACAGCAGGAGUAUUUAAAGAAAAAAAGCUUACACUGUGAUUGAUUUCUUCCCCAACCCUGACCCUAAACAUAAAUAUUACUAUCACUGAGAGUUCACUGCUGCCUUCGUGGAAAGUCAUUUUUUCUUGUAUAGAGGGAGUAGGGAAUUUCAGAAAUAAACUUGGAUGCAAACUA